AUGGAUCCGAAAUCACUCACGCUAGCCCAACUCAACGCUCUGCCAAGGAAUUCAUUGAUUCUUUUAGCUUCGGCACGAAAUCUCGUGACCACGGGUACAAGGUCUCGCUUGGCCCAACCCAUCUUUGAACUCGAACAUGCAAACAAUCACGCACCUCAGGCCAUAGCUCCUCACUUGCCAGCCUCAUCCGAAAAUCCUGGCGUUUCCGAGGAUCUUGAGCGCCCUUCUCGUUCUACUGGUCGCCAACAACCUUCCUCAACUCCGGGCUCUCAAUUCUCGCCAGACCAACUUAGCCAGCUUCGCGAGUUAAUAGCUGAAACAGUUGGCUUCCAACGUUCUGGCCCCGGUGAAGCUCCUCGUUUACUAGCAGAAGUGCCUCUUCUGUCCCCGGCUAGCCCUCUGAACAUCGCAGCGACCACAGCAACGGAACAGAACCUGAACGGCGUAAACCUUCCCAAUGUCACCCAAGAUGGCGGCCUUUCUCUACGCCAGUUAGUGCCCAGUCUUUCACAGGCUUCCCAGGGUCCUGCUCAACAAAUUGUUACCAACCAAGCCUAUGAAAACGACCUUACUCUGCCACUGCUCCCGGAGAAACUCCGCUCGAAGAUAUUCAAACAUGAGUACAUUGAAUUCAAAGAAUUUCUCUCAGAUAACACGUACCCAUACCCUUCCUUCGCCUCCUCCCAGAACAACUUCACCCUGACUGUUGACCCCUAGGACGCCACUACCCUUGCUUUUGUACCUUCCCAGCGCAAGAAACGCCGCAUCGAUGGCCUUUCCUCCUGGCUUGAAGCCUGGAAUGUCUUCCUGUGCUCCACCAUAUCAAUCUACCCAUCUCUCGCCCCAGACCUCCUCGCAUACCAGGUCCAGAUUUGCAAGUUUAGCAGGAAGUUUAAAGCAUCAGCCUGGCUUAUGUAAUACACAGCCAUUCGCUAUAUGGCUACUUCGCAUGUCGCCAUGUCAUGGGGUAAAGUGGUUGAGCAGCUCUAUAAUGAUAUUCUGAAGGAAGAGACCCUGCUCUACUGCGUCCAUUGCCACACCUAUGGUCAUCGCACCUUGGGUUGUCCCACUCGAUCAAAGCCUGUCCAGCCUUUUCGUCCCUUCUCAUCUUCCACAACCACUCCCUCACCGACACCUUUGGCGCAGCCUCCAACAAUCCCCUCCCAUCCCGCAACGAGCACCCACAGCAAGCAGCCAUCUGUCACGACUUCAACCGCUGGGCCUGCCGCCACCCCAACUGUCACUUCAAGCAUAUCUGCAACAAACCAGACUGCAGUGGAAACCACCCUGGCUCUCAGUGCCCAAAAGUACCCCAAUUGUAACUCCAUCCAUCCCAUUUUAACCCCCCCCCAUCCCCCCCCCUUCUACACCUGUCAAAGUUGCCAACCUCUCAACUGAACUCAAGCACCAUCCCAACCAACAGUUUGUUACAAGCCUUCUACACGACCUCCAAUGGGGCUGUCAUGUUGGCUAUACCAGCCCUUGCUUUGCUCGCAUAACACCAAACUUAACCUCAGCCCUCCUGCAUCCUGACACCGUUUCAGCUGCCCUAGCUAAGGAGGUAUCCAAUGGUCAUACGGCCGGGCCGUUUCAAAUACCACCUAUCCAAAACCUCCAAUGCUCCCCUCUCGGGGUAGUGCCUAAGAAAGACGGCACCUGGCGCAUCAUCAUGGACCUCUCCUCCCCCCAUGGGUCCUCAAUAAACUAUUACAUUUCCAAGGAGGAAUUCUCAUUACACUACGCUACCUUUGAUCAAGCUCUAUCUCUAGUUGCACGUUACGGGAAGGAUGCCCUCAUGGCUAAACUAGACAUAAAACAUGCUUUCUGGCUUUGCUCAGUAUGCAUGGAGGACCGCGAACUACUCGGCACUCACUAGCAGGGCCAAUACUACCUUGAUCUCUGCCUCCCCUUUGGUAUGCGAUCUUUUCCCUAUCUCUUCAACCGUUUGUCCGACGCCUUUGAGUGGCUAUUGAAGACCAACUAUCACAUCCAGGACCUCAUGCAUUACCUGGAUGACUAUUUUACCGUCAACCCUGCCAACUCUCUGGUCUGUGCCCAUAAUGUUCACACCAUUACCCAAGUGGCCUCUUCGUUGGGCAUACAUCUGACCCACUACUCAGUUGGUAUUCUGAUUGACACUACUUGCAUGGAAACCUCCCUAACUGAUGAUAAACUUCAUGAGCUGUUGUCCGAACUCCACUCUUGGUCCUCCUGUAAAAAAUGUCACAAAAGACAACUUCUCUCCUUGAUUGACUUAUUGACCUCUCAACCCAGGCACAACUUCCACAUCACCACGUCACUAUGAACCACGAAUCCCGCUGCGACAUCUCUUGGUGGCUCUGUUUUCUCCCCUCUUGGAACAGCAAUGCCAUCAUACCCGACCUCAACUGGAUGAGAUCCCCAGAUAUGGAACUCUUCACAGAUGCCUCGGGAAGUCUCGGCUACGGCAUCUUUUACACGGGUCACUGGAUUGCCAACCCCUGGCCUACUGUACUCCGGAACCGAUCGAUUCAGUGGAAGAACUUUACCCCAUUGCUCUGGUAUGUCUUCUUUGGGGUCAUCAGUGGACCGGAAAGAAGCUCCUCUUUCGUUGCGAUAAUCAAGCGGUAGUGGACAUUUGGGCCUCAGGCUCUUCCCGAGACUCCCUUAUUAUGCACCUUGUCUGCUCCAUUUUCUUCACUGCUGCCAUCAAUCACUUUACAGUCCUUGUCACUCAUACUGUUGGCAUGAGUUAAUCGCUGAUUCCUUAUCUGGUUUGCAGAUGUCCCAGUUCCGUCUUCUCGCACCUGCAGCAGAUUUGGAACCAACUGAUGUCCCUCAGUCGGCCGCAACCCUUUGGCAGCCCGCCUAACUUUCCUCCAGUCCCAGGCAAUAGCGGAUUCAACCCGCCGCUCCUUCCAGGCAGGCAUUCGUUGA